UAUUUACUUAACAUUUUUGUCAAAGUCUUUGAAAAUCCGUUGAAAAACGGAAUUUUUAGGUUAUAAAUUUUGAAUUAAUUGGUCAAGUAAAGGCGGAGUGAUGGUGGUGAUCUCUGGUGGUGGGAAUCUUACCUUAGUUUGGGGGCGUGUAAAAGGGCGGAUAUUGUGAAAAAACUAUAAAACGAAACUUUGAAGUGGGCUGCUUUCAUUCAUGUUUUGCAUUCUCUUGCUAUGCUCCUGUGAACUUUUUUAAGUUUGUGCUAAGUGUUACGUAUAUGAACUUUUACAUAGAAUUGUAUUCUCUCGAGGUUUUUCAAUUUUUGAGCAGUUUUUUCAUUUUGUUUCAAUGGCAUUCGAGUGUGAUGAAUGUAAUCAAUCUUUUAAUAGGAGAUUCAAUUUAGAACGUCAUAUUUAUGCAAAGCAUAGAAAUCGAAGGGAAACUUUCAAGUGCAACCACUGUCAGCAUGAGUUCACUAGGAAAGAUAAUUAUAAAACACACGUUGAUCAAUUAAAUUGUGUCUCGCAGAGGAAGAGGUCAAAGAGGCCAGCACCAGCUCGUCAAAUUGAAACUCAUCAACCACCCAAGAAAUUCAAGCCUUACAGCAUAAAGCACUGCAACGAAUGUGAUAAAGACAUUGAAUUAUCAAUGUUUGGCGGACAUCUUCGGAGUUUGGAACACAAAAAUAACUGCUGCUGGAAAACCAUAAAUUCUAAGGUUGAAGAGGUCAAAUCAGCAUUCAAGAGUCGGAUAAGAAGCUAUCGAAUUACACCAAAUGAAGUAUUUCAUGAUAUCCCAGAAUUUUUAAAUAAUGUAUACACAGAAGUCAACUUAAUUAUUACAGAAAUGGCUUUACAACAUAGAAAUUUCAAGUAUAAUGUUGAAUUAUUUGCGACCUAUAAUAAACCCAUAGAUAUGAUCGACAUAAAAUCUUUCAAUACCAAGAACGUAAUAUAUUGCGCAGAAAGUGGUGAUUUGAAUGAAUCGUACGAAGAAUUUAAAAAUACAAUAAAAACUAAGAGCGAGGAAUUUCAGGGCAAAGGAUCUGGUUGGUCAUUAGACAAAAUUCUUUUUUUAGAAGUGAAUUUAAAUAAGUAUAACCCUCUUAAAGGCAGCUCAUAUCUACAGUUACCUAAAUGGGUACUUCUUAAAAGGGCUGUUGUGAACAUUAAGAAUAACGAUCAAGCCUGUUUUGCUUGGGCAUUAAUUUCAGCAUUACAUCCGGCACCUCAUUACAAAAAAUGUACCAGAAUGAGUUCUUAUCCAAAUUAUAAAGAAGUCUUAAAUUUCGAAGGUAUUGAAUUCCCAGUUAAACUCAGAGACAUAAAAAAAUUUGAAAAAAAUAAUCCAAUCAGUGUCAAUGUUUUUGGUAUUGAUGGGGAAAAAAUUAUAGGACCAUUAUUUUUUUCAAAAAAUGUCAGUCCAGAACGAAUUCACAUAAAUUUAUUAUACAUUCAAAAUGAUUUGGGUAAUGGUCACUACUGCUGGAUAAGAAAUCUUGGUAGACUUGUUUCUUCUCAAUUAAACUCAAAUCAGCAUAAAAAAUACUUAUGCAAUGGUUGUUUAAUAAAUUUUCAAUCCUCCCAAAGAUUAAAACGACACGAGGAAAACGAUUGUAAUCAUAUUGUUACUUUUUUACCUAAGGGUGAUUCGGCAAAAAUAAAAUUUAAAAAUGAACACAAAAUGCUGCGUGUCCCUUUUGUGAUUUAUGCAGAUUUCGAAGCCUAUUUAAAACCAUUCUCUUCUUGUUCAAAUGAUCCGACUACAUCUCAUACAGAAAAUGUUUCACUACACGAACCUUUCAGUUUUGCCUGCUAUACCAAGUGCUCGUUUGAUUCAAAAUUAGAUAAAUAUCACCUGUAUAGGGGGGUUGACUGUGUAAAGCAGUUCUGGAUGUACCUGCGAGACGAAGCAAAACGAGCUAACUUGUACCUGUCCGUGACUGUACCGAUGAAACCGUUAACACCUGAACAAGAAAACCAAUUUGUAAGUGCUACUGUGUGUUACAUUUGUGAGACAGAAUAUAAGGUUGAUGAUAUCAUUGUACGAGAUCACGAUCAUUUCACAGGGUUAUAUCGAGGUAGUGCUCACCAAAUUUGCAACCUAAAUUUACAUCGCCCUGAUUUUGUGCCUGUGAUCAUGCAUAAUUUGACUAAUUAUGACGCUCAUUUUAUAAUACCUGAAAUAGGAUAUGAUAAAAGUAGGGUCGAAUUAAUAGCCAGCACUAAAGAAAAAUACAUUUCAUUUACGAAAUACAUAGGUGUAGAUUGCAUCGAUUCUCAAGGGAUAUUUAAAAAAGAUCACAUCAAACUCCGUUUUUUGGACUCUUGUAGGUUUUUAGCUGCCAGUUUGGACAAACUUGUGAAAAAUUUACUUCCGAGCCAACUAAAAACUUUGAAAUGUCAUUUUCAGGAUGAGGAAGAAUUUAAUUUGAUGCGUAUGAAAGGUGUGUUUCCUUAUGAAUUUACAGAUUGUGAAGAAAAACUCAAAUUAGAGCAUUUACCUUCACAAGAUCAAUUUUAUUCAAAAUUGACAAAAUCUGGCAUAGCAAAUGAGGAAUAUAAGCGAGCAGAGAACAUUUGGAGCAAGUUUGAUUGCAAAAAUUUAGGUGACUACUCAGAUUUAUAUCUAAAAACUGAUGUUCUACUGUUGACUGACGUGUUUGAAAAUUUUAGGGAUUUAUGUCUAGAUACUUAUAAACUGGAUCCGGCUCAGUACUAUACUUCUCCAGGGCUAAGUUGGGAUGCGAUGCUGAAAUAUACUAAAAUUACAUUGGAUUUAUUCACAGAUAUAGAUAUGGUACAUUUUAUUCAAAAAGGAAUCAGAGGUGGCCUUUCUCAAUGUACAAAACGUCAAGCCACAGCCAAUAACACUUAUAUGAAAAAAUUUGACCCCUCCAAACCAACUCAUCAUUUAGUUUAUUUGGAUUGUAACAACUUAUAUGGCCACAGUUUGAGUAGCUAUCUCGCUCAUAGUAAAUUCGAGUGGGUUGAGGAUGUGUGCAAUUUUAAUGUGUUUGAAAUUGGAGAUGAUGCUGAAAUAGGGUAUAUCUUAGAGGUAGACUUGGAGUACCCAAAACAUUUACACGAUGAUCAUAAAGAUUUUCCAUUCUGUCCAGAAUCUAUGAUUCCUCCUGGUUCAAAAUUAAAACAGCCUAAAUUGAUUGCCAAUGUUUUUGAUAAGAAAAAUUACAUCAUUCAUUAUAUUAACUUGAAACAAUGUCUCUCACAAGGCCUGAAAUUGAUCAAAAUACAUCGAAUCUUGAAAUUUAAACAAUCUCGUUGGUUAAAACCCUACAUAGACCUAAACACUGCUAAAAGAGCUCAGUCAAAAUCGGAUUUUGAAAAAGAUUUUUGGAAAUUAAUGAAUAAUUCGGUUUUUGGAAAAACAAUGGAAUCGGUGGAAAAACGGAUUGAUGUUAGACUGGUGACUCAUUUCAAAUCUAAAAGUAAUAAAAGGGGGGCCCAGUACUACAUAAAUUUACCGCAAUUCAAUAGUUGCACUAUUUUUAAUGAGAACUUGGUAGCUGUAGAAUUGAGCAAAAUAAAAAUAAUGUAUGACAAGCCAAUUUACAUAGGUUUCACUGUUUUGGACUCUUCAAAACUACUUAUGUACGAUUUUCAUUACUCUGUAAUCAAGCCCCUGUAUGAAGAGAGAGUUGAGCUUUGUUAUACUGAUACUGACUCCCUCUUAUAUGAUAUCAAAACGGAUGAUUUUUAUAAAGAUAUUUUACCCUUCAUACCUACUUAUUUCGACACCAGUGACUACCCAGAAGAAAAUAUCUAUAAUUUUCCAAUUGUUAAUAAAAAGGUUGUUGGAAAAUUCAAAGAUGAGUGUCAAGGUAGGAUCAUGGCUGAAUUUAUUGGUUUGAAAUCAAAGUCAUACUGUUUCAAUGUAGAGGAUAGAAUCACAAAGAAAUGUAAAGGUAUUAAAAAAUGUGUCGUUGAAAAAGAUAUGACAAUGGAAGAUUAUAAAAAAUGUUUAGAAAAUAGAACUUCUAUUUUUAAGCCAAUGUAUAGUUUUCGUAGUGAUAAGCAUAUAAUUUAUACACAAUUAUUAAAUAAAAAAGCCCUAAGCUUUUCAGAUGAUAAGAGAUUUUUAUUACCCAAUGGCAUUGAAACCCUUCCUUGGGGUCAUUAUAAAAUAAGUGAAUUUCAAUAAGAUUGUACAGUUUACUUAAGUACUUACCUGUUCUAUUUUAUUUAUGCACCUAGGUGGGUAAAAGUCAG